UAUUUUUUGUCAAUCAUCCGCAAACUUGCAGUUCGAAAAGGUGCUUUCGAAAAUUAAAUAUGCGAAUAUUGUGGCUAAUAUUAAAAAUAGGCCUAGUGGCUGGAUUCUGGUCAAAAGCCAGGCCCAAACAGGUGUCGGUGCCGCCAAAUAUGGUCAUAAUUUUGGCGGAUGAUUUGGGUUUUGAUGACAUCAGCUUUCGCGGCAACAAUGAAUUUUUGACACCCAACAUCGAUGCCUUGGCCUAUCAUGGCAGGAUAUUACAACGUCAUUAUACCCCAGCAGUGUGUACACCAUCAAGGGCGACAUUGCUGACGGGAUUAUAUCCCAUACACACGGGAACCCAACAUUUUGUCCUGCUCAACGAGGAACCCUGGGGAAUUUUGGAAAAUCACACCACCAUGGCGGAGGUAUUUCAGGCGCAUGGUUAUUCCACAAAUUUGGUGGGUAAAUGGCACAUGGGCAUGGGUCGCAGAGAGUAUACGCCCACCUUCAACGGGUUCGAUCAACACUAUGGAUAUUGGGGGGCCUUUGUGGAUUACUAUCGGCGAAUGAGUAAAAUGCCGACCAAUUUCAGUUUGGGUUAUGAUUUUCGAAGGAAUAUGGAGUUGGAAUAUCCUCCCGAGGGUUCAUAUGUAACCAAUUUGCUAACCCAGGAAGCGGAGGAUAUUAUUUUGAGAAAAUCCGGUACAGAGCCGUUAUUUUUGCUGGUCUCUCAUUUGGCCACCCAUGCCAGCAAUGAUGAUGAUCCCUUGCAGGCUCCCUUGGAGGAGAUGGAGAAGUUCUCCUAUAUCUCGGAUGUGAAGAGGAGAACCUAUGCAGCCAUGGCUUCCAAAUUGGAUGAAAGUGUGGGUCGCAUUAUCCAGGCCCUGGAUAAAGCCCGAAUGCUAAGCAACUCCAUUAUUUUAUUCCUCUCCGAUAAUGGAGCCCCCUCGGUGGGUCUGUACAGCAACACGGGCUCCAAUUGGCCAUUGAAGGGGCAAAAAAAUUCUCCCUGGGAGGGUGGUCUACGGGUUCCUGGUGUCAUUUGGAGUCCUUUGUUGAAGAAUCGUGGAUCGAUUUUUCACCCGCCCAUAUAUAUGGCGGAUUGGUUGCCCACACUGGCUGCGGCAUCCAAAAUUGAAUUGGAUCUCCCUCUGGAUGGCUUAAAUCUAUGGCCAGAUUUGGUGGGUGGUGUUGAAUUAUCCGACCCAUUUCAACGGCAACGUGAAAUUGUCCAUAUGCUGGAUGAGAUAUGGAACAUAACAAGCUAUAUGAGGGGUCAGUGGAAAUAUAUUCAAGGGACAACUAUAGAUGGACAAUACGACCGGGUGCUGGUGCAAAGGGAUGCGAAUACCACAGAUCCCAGAUCCUUGGACUAUGAAAAAUCCAUCAAAUCUUCCAUGGCAUCCCUCAGUCUGCGAAAAUAUGAUCGCAUACCGUUGUCAAAGAAGAAGAUCCAAGAAUUUCGUUCCAGCGCCCAAAUCCAGUGUGGAUAUGAGGAGGAGGAGGCAACACCCUGUGAUGCCACCCGCGAAGAAUGUCUCUAUGAUCUAUCCAAAGAUCCUUGUGAGCAAAACAAUUUGGCCUCUCAGCCCGGAUAUGAAAGUAUUUUACAAGAAAUGCGAGAGAGAGUGGAAAGUCUCAGAUCCACAGCAGUGCCUCCGAAGACCGGUGGGAGUUUAUUACCCUAUGAUCCUUCCUAUCAUGAUUGUGUUUGGUCGAAUUUUGUGGAGGAUGAGCCCACGGACUAUGUUUUGCAGUGCAGCUAUGAGUCCACACCCUGUCAAGGCUGAUAAUCACAGCAAAUUAAUUUGGCUUUUACAGGAAUAAAAAAUAAUUUUAAAAGAAAGAAAAUCCAGGAUACCUGAUAGAAUCCUUACAGCGGAACCCGUAAUAUUUUAUUUUGGAUUUAAAAUGCAAAUUAAAACUAAAAAUAUGUACCGAAAUCUCAUGCAAAAUAUUUUUAUUUUAU